UAUAUCUUUGAGGAAAAGAAAUUCUUUCUACAUUGCAUCUUCACCAAUCCAAAUCCCAACAAAGCAAUACAAGUAACCCUAAUGCAAAGCAAUGAUUUUCAUUCAUAUCAAGAAACUCGUGUGUGUAUAUAUACAUGUAAAAUCAAGAGGCUGUCACACACACACACACACAGUUGCUGUUAUAUAGUUCAAAAUAGACCCUACCACAUUGAGAUAAAAACCAAUUGCAGAGGAAAUGGCAAUGAGGCCGAGAGGUGGAGGUGGCGGUGGCGCUAGUUCUAGACGGACAACAAGGUCAGGCGUCGCAAGACCAGUCUACGAUGAUUUCACGCCAGAGUUUGAAUGGGAGCAAGACGAUGAAUCUCAUAUUCUCAGUAUUUAUCUUCCUGGUUUCAUGAAGGAGCAGGUCAAGGCUACCUUGGAAGGACGAAACACCAUCCGGGUUCGUGGAGAACGCCUUGUAGGUGGCAACAGAUGGAGUCGCUUUCAGGAGAACUUUCAAGUUCCAGAAAAUGGUGAAAUGAAUUCGGCUCGUGCCAAGUUCCAUGGCGGGAUACUUAGCAUUUCAGUCCCAAGAGAGAAAGUUGGGAAAGAAGAUGCAACGGGAAGCGGAGGCGUUGAUGGCACCCGAAAGCAACCCACUCCUCAAAAGGGUCGAGUAGAAAGUACUCCAGAAGUUAGUGACAUGAAAGGUGGUAUUGAACAACAAGAUUUAUCAGGUCAUCCGGAGACGAAACGUGGUCUGGAUGGCAAUCAAAAGCAACCUAUCCUGGAAAAGAGCCAAGAUAAAGCUUCUCCAGCUGAUGGUACAAGCCAAUCUGCGGAAGAGAACAGUUUAGAGCCUCUGAAGGCAUCAGCUGAACCUAGCAACAAGGCAUCAGUCGACCCAAAAAACCCGCCAGAUAAGGAAGGUGAUCGGAGAGGAAGGAGCUUUACCCCAAUGAGAAGUACUGGAAAUGUAACUUCCAAGAUUGAUGUCAAUAAAGAAAGCAAUGUAACUAAAGAAAAGCACGUUGCAUCAGAGAAACCAGACGAGGAAGCAAGAGAGAAGGAAGGUAAGGAGACUACCAAGAUGAAGAAAUUGGAGAAAGACGGAGCCGCGAACGCAGAUGACAAAGAAUCAUAUAGAGCUUCAAAAAAGCAGAAACACAAGAAGGAGACGAAAGGGCUCACGGAGCUCAAUGAAGAAAGGCAGUUGCUGGUGAAUAUGGGGACGGCUAUGCUCGUUAUCGUGGCACUCACUGCUUAUGUCACCUACAGCUUCGUAUCUGCAAAAGAUAAAAAAUAGUUUCUUUAUGAUUCAAUUUGUAUACUACACAAGAAUAUGAGGAACUUGAUAGAUAUAAUAGACAUAGAAUAUGAAAAGUGGUAAAGAAAUAAAAUUCAUUUUCCUCAAUUCCGAACA